AUGCCAGAUACAUCCCGACCUGGUAGAAAGAAGCGCUGGCACCAUAAAGACUUCAACGGGUGCAUGAAGUGCAAACAGAGGCGCGUCAAGUGUGGGUUGGAAAAGCCAGCCUGUCUCAGAUGCCAAAAGCUGGGAGUUCUCUGCCCGGGCUAUCGGCCAUUACAGAUCCGGAUUUUUGAGCUCACACGCCGGCGCGACGAUUUCCAGUGCGAAGAGGACGUGGCCAACUUUGAUUACUUCGUCGAAUCCGGAUCAAAGAUUGUGGCCCUGUCUCAGACAACCUCUCAACCCUUCUGGUCAAGAUUCGUCCUCCAACUGGCCGAGACCAAUGCGAUUAUCAAGCACGGACUGAUCGCCUUGGGCGCUCUUCUACGGCCUCUACAUGCAAUCCCUUCCUCUCAGAAGUAUGACACUAUUUGCCCACCGCAAGCUGCUACGAAGCAUUCAGCAGCAAUGUAUCAGUUGAAGUCAGCAGCCUUGGGCGCUCUACCGCCAGAAGCGGCCAUAGCAUGUUGUCUCGUCUCCGCCGAGCUUGAUAGAUGGACGGAGAAAAGCACCUCUCCUGUCCUUCAAAUCAUGUUAGCAUACCGUCUCCUGGAAGGGAGAAGCAGGGCAAAUGCAGCGGCACCAAGCACGACCAAAGACGAUUGCCAGCAACUAUUCGAGCCUAUGGUUGAUGAAUUACUCGUCGAUGCGUGCAGUAGUGCCGACAACUUUCCGACCCUGACUUCUGGGCUAAUGUCCAACUAUCAGCUUGCCAGUGGCCUCAACAGGGUCGAGUCCAUCACAACUUACAUGGACGCCCUUCAUAGUGUUGCGUCUCUGCUGAAAGCGGCUUUCCGUUCAACUUGCCCCUACAUCGUUGCCACCGCUGCUGAGAUGGAUAAGAUUUCCCUGACCAUGGACACCCUCGGUCACAAAUUGCAGCAUUUUCAUGCUGUUGGUGAGGUGCCGGUGGAAUAUCAACUUCUCCAAGUCCACCAUCAAGUUGCCCGGAUCAUGUUCUACACACUGGGCAGGGACGAUGAAUGGAUAUACGAUGCUUUCCUGCCGAAUUUUGCAUCCAUCGUCGAACAAAUGCAACAUAUCACGUCAUCUUUGAAAAUGAUGAGAGCACAAUCUGCCAUCGCACCGACUUUGGGCUUGAUCCCCCCGCUGUUCCUGGUGGCGACGAAGUGCCGCCACCCCGAAGUUCGGCAGAAAGCGUUGCACCUCCUCCAUGGCGUGCUGCGGAGUGAAAGAGGCUGGACGAGCUGUAUGUCGGCUGCGAUCAGUCAGUUUGUGAUCCGAGAAGAAACAAAAGAAGGAGAAGAGCAACCCCAGCCCUGCGCCGGGACACUACAGAAUCACCCCGACAAUCUGUAUGGAAACUCUCUCCCUGAGCGGCGCCCUCGGAGGAGAAUCAGACUCGACGAAGUGGAAUUCUCCAGCCGUGAAAACAAGAUCUACCUCGCCUACACCGUCUACUCCUCCAAUCCCAACAACUCGCCGGGGUCAAAGCGCAUCGCAAGCAUACCAUAUCUGUCUCACCCGUCACUCGAGACCAACAACAGCACGACGACAUGCCAAAUGUCAAGAAAAGUCCUACGACACUGCGGAUAUACAGGCGUUGUUUUGUUCUCGCCACAGAUUGAAUGUCACUGCGUCGUUCGAAGCGAUAGCAGCCCUUCGGUGAGGAACAGAGUGGAUGAAGUCAGACUUCAGGAUCUAUGGCACCGAAUCGUUUGA